AAUGCUGGCUGCCUCCCGUACCUCCCAGUCGUUCCCUGUUCGCUUUGAGAGAAGGGCUCCCGCUCCUUAUCCCUACCCAGACUCCUAACGAGCCGCGUCGGCUGCUUAGUCUUGCGCCAAGCUCGGUUGAGCUGGGGCUCAGUGUGGGAUCUUGGAGCUUUCUGCCUAGGCACCGCUGGCACAGGAGAGGCGUCGCCUACUGAGGACGCUUCUCCAUUCCUCCUAACUCUAAUUCCAGUCCCUGCUGAAUACAGCCAAGCUGUCCCGAGGUCCCGCGACAGCCCGAGCAGCCCUCGGAGAACUGGUGUGACUUCGAUUUCGGACAUAGGACAGUCUUCACCCCCAACGAAAGCGGGUUUCCCUCUACUUCUUGCCUCCCCGGCUUCUCUAGCCUUCCCCGGAGACCCUGAUCGCUCUCCCUCCAGGCGCCACCCCACAGCGCUCAGGACGGGGGUGCCACGAUGUCCCGCGGCUCAGGGACCUGGGCCGCCCCCGACGUGUGACCCAACCUUGGUCCCCUUGCUUGGCCCCCCACCCUCCCCUUGGCGCCCCCCAGCCUGCCCCCCGGGGGAGGAGGAAGAAGCGGAGGGCGAGGGGGGCAUGUCCCGUCCCAAAAGCAUAAGCCCCCCGGGCUACGCGGCCCAGACGGCGGCUGCUCCCAGGGGAGGCGGGGAGCACCGCUCGGCUUGGGGAGAAGCGGAGUCUCGGGCCAAUGGGUACCCCUGCCCUCCCGGGGGGCUGACCCGCGGCUCUACUAAGAAGACUGGGGUGGCCGUGACCCCACAGCAGCACCGCCUGGUGAGCCGCUGGCGCAAUGAAGAGGACUACGAACCCCCGCUGGGCAGCCAGGACCCCCUCGGGGGCGGUUUCGGCUUCAGCUUUCGCUCCAAGUCAGCCUGGCAGGAGCAAGGAGAAGACUGCUGUCGAGGCAGCCGUCGCCACCGCCGUGGAGCGGCUGGAGGGGGCAGCACCCGGGCCCCCCCAGCGGGCGGAGGAGGCGGCGGUGGCAGCGGCGGCGGGUCAGCCCCGUCCAGGCCAGGAGAACGGAGCACCGCGACCGUGCAGGGGGGCGGGGCGGAGGUACGCCCUCGUUCCGUGGAGCUGGGUCUGGAUGAGCGGAGAAGCAAGGGCAAAACGGUGGAGGAGCUGGAGCCCGGAGCCAGAGCGGGCGGAGAGGAGGAGGCUGAGGACGCGGGCAGUUCGACGGGCUCGGGGGCCGGAGCCGCGCUCUCGCUGGGCGCCUGCUGCCUGGCGCUCCUGCAGAUCUUUCGCUCCAAGAAGUUCCCGUCGGACAAACUCGAGAGGCUUUACCAGCGCUACUUCUUCCGCUUGAACCAGAGCAGCCUCACCAUGCUGAUGGCAGUGCUGGUGCUCGUGUGCCUCGUCAUGCUGGCCUUCCACGCCGCCCGCGGCCACUACCAGACCCCUUACCUGGCCGUGCUCUCCGCCGCCGUGGCCGUGGUGCUUCUCCUGGCCGUUUUCUGCAACAGGGCCAGCUUCCACCAGGACCACAUGGGACUGGCCUGUUACGCCCUCAUUGCUGUGGUGCUGGCCGUCGAGGUGGUGGCCCUGCUGCUGCCCCAGCCCCGCAGUGCCUCGGAGGGCAUUUGGUGGACUGUCUUCUUCAUUUACACCAUUUACACGUUGCUGCCGGUCCGCAUGAGGGCCGCCGUGCUUAGCGGGGUACUGCUCUCUGCCAUACACCUUGCCAUCUCCCUGCAGGCCAACUCUGAGGACCAGUUCUUGCUGAAGCAGCUUGUCUCCAAUGUCCUCAUCUUCUCCUGUACCAACAUCGUGGGGGUAUGUACCCAUUACCCAGCGGAGGUCUCCCAGAGACAGGCCUUCCAGGAGACGAGGGAAUGUAUCCAGGCUCGGCUACACUCGCAGAGGGAAAACCAGCAGCAGGAGCGUCUCCUGCUGUCUGUCCUUCCCCGACACGUUGCCAUGGAGAUGAAAGCGGACAUCAAUGCCAAGCAGGAAGAUAUGAUGUUCCACAAGAUUUACAUCCAGAAACAUGACAAUGUGAGCAUCCUGUUUGCAGACAUUGAGGGCUUCACCAGCUUGGCUUCCCAGUGCACAGCACAGGAGCUAGUCAUGACUCUCAAUGAGCUGUUUGCCCGUUUCGACAAGCUGGCCGCAGAGAAUCACUGCUUACGCAUUAAAAUCUUGGGAGAUUGUUAUUAUUGUGUCUCUGGGCUUCCUGAGGCCCGGGCUGACCACGCUCACUGCUGUGUGGAGAUGGGCAUGGACAUGAUUGAAGCCAUCUCGUUGGUCCGAGAGGUGACUGGGGUGAACGUGAACAUGCGUGUGGGGAUUCACAGCGGCCGAGUGCACUGCGGUGUGCUUGGACUGAGGAAGUGGCAAUUUGACGUCUGGUCCAAUGAUGUGACGUUAGCCAACCACAUGGAAGCAGGAGGCAAAGCCGGGCGCAUCCAUAUCACCAAGGCCACGCUGAACUAUCUCAAUGGCGAUUACGAGGUAGAGCCUGGCUGCGGGGGUGAACGCAAUGCCUACCUCAAGGAGCACAGUAUAGAGACUUUUCUUAUCCUGCGCUGCAGCCAGAAGAGGGUGAAAAGAAGAGAAGGCAUGAUUGCCAAAAUGAAUCGCCAGCGAACCAAUUCCAUUGGGCACAACCCCCCACCCUGGGGCGCCGAGCGGCCCCUUCUACAACCACCUGGGCUCCCACAGGUCUCCAAGGAGAUGAAGAGGAUGGGUUUUGAAGACCCCAAGGACAAGAACACCCAAGAAAACAUGAACCCCGAGGAUGAGGUGGACGAGUUCCUGGGCCGGGCUAUUGAUGCAAGGAGCAUUGACCGGCUGAGGUCAGAACAUGUUCGGAAGUUCCUCUUAACUUUCAGAGAACCUGACUUAGAGAAAAAGUACUCCAAGCAGGUGGAUGACCGCUUCGGUGCCUACGUGGCCUGUGCCUCCCUUGUCUUCCUCUUCAUCUGCUUUGUCCAGAUUACCAUCAUGCCACAUUCCAUGUUUAUGCUGGGUUUCUACUUGACGUGUUUCCUGCUGUUGACCAUAGUGGUGUUUGUCUCCGUGAUCUACUCCUGUGUGAAGAUUUUCCCAGCACCCCUGCAGACUCUCUCCAGGAAGAUUGUCCAGUCCAGGACCAACAGCACUGUGGUUGGGGUCUUCACUAUCACCCUGGUUUUUCUGUCUGCAUUUGUCAACAUGUUCAUGUGCAACCCUGUGGAUUUGUUCACUUGCCUGGCGGAAGAGCACAACAUCACCGUGAACCAAGUCAAUGCCUGCCAUGUGGGUGAAUCAGCUUUCAACUACAGCCUGGGCAUUGAGCAGGGCUUCUGUGGCAACCCCCGGCCCAACUGCAACUUUCCAGAGUACUUCACGUACAGUGUCCUGCUUAGCCUGCUUGCCUGCUCCGUGUUCCUGCAGAUCAGCUGCAUCGGGAAGCUGGCGUUGAUGCUGAUCAUUGAGGUCAUCUACGUGCUGAUGGUGGAGGUGCCAGGGGUCACACUCUUUGACAAUGCUGACUUGCUGGUCACAGCCAAUGUCAUUGAUUUCUCCAACAACGACAACAACAACGGAACGACAGCGGGGUGUCCUGAGCAUGUGACGAAGGUAGCCCUAAAGAUCAUGACGCCCAUCAUUAUCUCGGUCUUUGUGCUGGCUUUGUACCUUCAUGCCCAGCAGGUGGAGUCCACAGCACGGCUAGACUUCCUCUGGAAAUUGCAGGCCACAGAAGAGAAGGAAGAGAUGGAGGAGCUCCAGGCCUACAACAGGAGGCUGCUACACAACAUCUUGCCCAAGGAUGUGGCCGCACACUUCCUGGCUCGGGAGCGGCGCAAUGAUGAGCUGUAUUACCAGUCCUGCGAAUGUGUGGCCGUCAUGUUUGCCUCCAUUUCCAACUUCUCCGAGUUCUACGUGGAGCUAGAGGCCAACAAUGAAGGGGUGGAGUGUCUCCGACUGCUCAAUGAGAUCAUCGCUGACUUUGAUGAGGUAUCAUCGCGAGACCAGUUACGGCAGCUGGAGAAGAUCAAAACCAUCGGCAGUACUUACACAGCCUCUGGCCUCAAUGAUUCCACCUAUGACAAAGCAGGGAAGACGCAUAUCAAGGCCCUGGCGGACUUUGCUAUGAAGCUAAUGGCAAUGAAGUACAUCAAUGAGCACUCCUUCAACAACUACCAGAUGAAGAUAGGGCUCAACAUUGGCCCUGUGGUGGCUGGGGUGAUUGGCGCUCGCAAGCCUCAAUAUGAUAUUUGGGGUAACACAGUGAACGUGGCCAGCCGUAUGGACAGCACCGGUGUGCCUGACCGCAUCCAGGUGACCACAGACAUGUACCAGGUGCUGGCCGCCAACACGUACCAGCUGGAAUGCCGGGGUGUCGUCAAGGUGAAAGGCAAAGGGGAGAUGAUGACCUACUUCCUCAAUGGGGGCCCUCCACCCAGUUAGCAGCAGGCAGGGUGGGCAAAGCUGUACCAGGCAGACCGGCUUUUGGAGAAUUGGAAAAUGACUUCUUUUGUGCCAGGCAAGGUGGGCAGGCCUAGCUCUAGUGCCCACGGGGUGUCCUGGUGUAUUUUUCCACAGUGACUCCAAAACCAGCUUUCUCCUCUCCUUGGGGGCAGGAGCCCCGGAAGGACCCUGGGGGAGCCAACUUCCCUGAGAGCACUAAGUUGACCAAAGAUGUAUCUGGCUCUGUAUGUCGGCUAGGAUAAGACCUGAAUCAUCUGAGUUUUCUAACUGACGGAAGCGUCAGUUCCACAGGGUGGAAAAGAGCUUAGUAUUUAUUGGUGUAGUGCAACGCGACACACAACACACUGGUGAAAGGGGCAGGUGCUGCCUGGGGAAGACUUCAUGCCUCCAGGGGUAAGGACCUGGGGCAUCAGCCAGGGAAAGCUCGGGGAUCCCCACAGAUGCUGCUUUUCUGUGCAAGCUUUUCAAAACCCAGAUGGUGGCCUGGCCUUUGUUCCACGGAGGCCUUCUGGCAUUGCUGGCUGGGCACUGUCACAGGAAGGACUUCUAGCCAUAUUACCUGUGCCCUCCUCCAUCCUCCCCAUCCCCCUCUAUGAGCAGGCAGUACACCUAGGCUAAACAAGACUCUUUCCAAGGCAGGGAGGGGAAGGGAAGGGGGUAGCAGGAGGCUCCGAUGGCUCUGGGAAAAGCAAAUAUUUAUUAAACAAAACAAAAACAGUUCUCCGUGCCCUUCUUUAGCACGUGCUAGUUUGCUGCGUUCGAGAGACACAAGUAAACCAACACUUCAGGCCAGGGUGCUGGGGUUUGGGGAAGGGAGGGGAUCCCAGCCCUGCGAUUUGUCAUUUUUGUAUCUUUUAUUUUGUAAUAUUGAAAACUUGGAGAUCUAACAGAGAUACCAAAUUCUAUAUUUUGUAAAUUCUCUAUAUCAGAAAGUGGCUGUGUGCAGCGGGUUGUCAUUGCUGGCGUGUCCGGCUUGUCUGUUUGUACGUAUGUAUAUACGCUCUGGAGCCAGGCCCUGCCCUGUGCUAUAGUCUCAUUUCCCAUUUGGCAGUUUUCAGUUUGACAGGGUACAAUCAGCAGUGGGUUUAUCUGCUUCUGGGACCUCAGGGUAAAUCAGGUACUGUACUUUCACAGUGGGAGUACAAACACACACACACACACACACACACACACACACACACACACACAUAUAUUCUCGUGCACACACACCUGCCUCACUUCCCACUACAGAAGAAUAUAAAGAGGGAGGGAGGGAGUGCCAAAACUACCAGAAGGUUUCCUUCCAGAGCUGAGGUGGGUUUGUGGAGAAUUCUCACCCUCUCCAUAAACAGCAUUGCUGUCCCAAUGGCUUCCCCAUCCUACCAUGUCAACAUAUUUUCAUCUGAGGUUUUCUUUUGCUGUACUAGAACCAUCUUUGAGUCUGACUGAGACUAUCCUUACCAUAAGAGGGCUUGAAAAUUGCACUAAGUACCAUUUGCUAGGUUCAGUUUUAUUUCUGUGAAGAGCCUUGGACCAGCUCACCCCUCCCCUUUUCUUGCUUUUUUUCUCAAACACACACACACACACACACACACACACACACACACACACACACAACACACACACACAACACACACACACACAACACACACUUGACAAUUCCUCUGCCUGUCCAAGUUGGUCCAGGAGCAGGUGGACUUCCAGAGAGGACCCCUACUCCACGCCUGGAACAGUGCACCUCAGAGUGGUUGUCAGGUCCUUAGCUCUGGGCUCCAGAUCGAUGCCUGGGUGGCACCGGUUCCCCCUUGCCCCUAGUGCUCUGAAUCAUGACAGUAGAACAUGAGAAGUCUUUGAAGGAAACAGCCAUUUGUUUUGUAUUGGGGUGGGGGGUUGUUUGCUUGUUCUUGGUUUGGGUUUUUUUUUGGUCUUUGUAUUCCCAGCUUCUAGAUAUAAUAAGCUGCUUAAUACAUGUUGGUGGAAUUGAAUUGAAAAUAAACCCUUGAGGUUUUCUUUUAAAGACAACAUAAAGAGCUCUUGUUUUUUUGUAAUCUGUGGGGUGAAGGGAGACUUUUGAUAACUAGUUAGGUCUGUGCAGUGAAGAGAUACUUAAACCAAAUCCAGUGUCUGGGGGCGGAUUCAUAUCUUUUCAACUCUUCACUCUUCUCAGGGCAGAAUCACUUUCUGGGUCUCUCAUGGAGAACCAAAAUCGGGACCUGUUUACUGUGCUCAACAACAAACAUUAUAUGAGCACAGAAACAUGUUUUCCUCUCCCUGAGAUUAUCCUAGGUUGUGCACAAGUAUGUGUGAAUGCACGUACACACACAAGCACACAGUACAUAGUGCCACUUAAUCUCAGCCUUUUAUUUCUGCCUCCCCUGCCCACUGCUCCCCACCAUCACCACCUGACUGUGAUAUGCUGUUUUCCUCACCCGAGGUUAGGACACAUCUCCAAGGAGCAAAGUGUGCAAACUGUAAAACUGCCAAGUCUGCCUCUGUAUUCUAUUUCUGCUGUGACAUCCUUUAAGUUUUACGAAGCCCCUUGUGUCUCCCACUGUAUUCUGUUGGCUUUCUUUCAUACCCACAGCUGUUUUGGUUUCUGUUUAAGGUUUGCUUCCAACUUGAGUAAAGUAUGUGCUCAAUCUGCCUGU